AUGCCGUGCGACUGCUGGCCGGGAUCUCGCUUUUCUGCCUCCUCUCCCGUUGCUCAGCACUGCGGCGCCAUCCAAGCACGGCCACCACCAGGCUCGUUCUUCCUGCAUCUGCUUAUCGCGCUGCGGGACACCCCCAUCACCGCCACACGCACACCCCUAACCCGCCCCUCAGCCCCGGCCCAUGUCCGAGCCCGGCCGCCGCCCGGCAUGGCCCGGCCGCCGCUGCCCGCCGCCGCCCUGCUCGCCGCCGCCCUGCUGCACUGCGCGCCCGCCGCGCCCGCCCGCCGCCCUCACAAGCCGGACGUGGCUCGAAAACAUCACACCUGGAAGGAGCAGAGUCCCUGGCUGCUGUCCCUGGUGAACGCUGUGGGGACCGGCAUGCCCACCAAGGGUUUCCCCAUGGGCGUGGAUGAGCAGGGGGCUCGCUGGAACCCGCCCCGGUGCGGCGUGCCCGACCUGCCGGCACUGCCGGACGGCCAGAACGGGCGCAACCGGCAGAAGCGGUUCGUCCUCUCCGGGGGACGCUGGGAUAAGACCGACCUCACCUACAAAAUUAUCAGGUUCCCGUGGCAACUUGUAAAAGCCAAGGUGAGAAGGACCAUCGAGGAAGCUCUGAAAGUCUGGAGCGACGUGACGCCGCUGACCUUCACCGAGGUGCAGGAGGGCCGGGCUGACAUCGUCAUCGAUUUCACAAGGUACUGGCACGGAGACAACUUGCCCUUCGACGGGCCCGGCGGGAUCCUGGCACACGCGUUCUUCCCCAAGACGCACCGGGAGGGGGACGUCCACUUUGACUACGACGAGACCUGGACGAUUGGGAACAACCUGGGCACUGACCUUCUCCAGGUGGCUGCUCACGAGUUCGGCCACGUCCUGGGCUUGCAGCACACGGCUGUCUCCAAGUCUCUGAUGUCUCCCUUCUACAUCUUCCGCUAUCCGCUGAGCCUGAGCGAGGAUGACAAGCAAGGUAUCCAGUACCUCUACGGGAAACCCAAGCUGGAUCCCGAGCCAACCCCGACGCAGCCAGCAGAGCUGCCCCAGCCAGACCUUGAAACAAACGAGAUCACCAAUGUGGAGUCUGUGCAGCCCGACGCCUGCGACACGGCUUUCGACGCCGCGGCCACCAUCCGGGGCGAGCUGUUCUUCUUCACGUCCCGCUACGUGUGGCGGCUCCGAGCUGGAAAGCUGCAGGCCGGCUACCCAGCUCUGGCCUCUCGUCACUGGCAGGGGAUCCCAAGCUCUGUGGAUGCCACCUUCGAGGACCCGCUGGGCAAUAUCUGGUUUUUCCAAGAUUCUCAGUACUGGAUUUAUGACGGCGAGAGACGGGUCUCUGGUCCCACCCCGAUCGUGGAGCUGGGCCUCCCUGCUUCCCCCGUGCAGGCAGCUCUGGUGUGGGGGGCUGAGAAGAACAAGAUCUACAUCUUCAGUGGAGGCAACUACUGGCGCUUCAACCCGCACACCCGCCAGGUGGACAACAUCUACCCGCGGACCAUGGCCGACUGGCGCGGGGUCCCUCAGGAGAUCGAUGCUGCUUUUCAGGAUGAGUUUGGUUUUGCCUAUUUCCUGAGAGGCCGAGACUACUGGAAGUUCGAUCCCAUCCAGGUGAAGGUGCUGGAGGGUUACCCGCGCCACAUCAGCCAGGACUUCUUCAGCUGCACACCCUCCUCCAACUCCUUCAGAUGAGGGGGGUGCUUGUGUCCCCCCAUUUCCCUUCCAUCACCCUGACCUCCAGCAGCCACACAGAGGGCUCCCUCUGCCAUUCCUGGCUUCCUUGCAGGCCCAGUGUCUGACACAGCAGGUGUCUGUCACAGCAAGUGGCAAAGUUUGCUCCUCUCCUCUUCCAGCAGCCCCAGCUUCAGUUGCUAUCAAUACAAAAGCGUCCACUGUGUUCUUCACAGACGAGAGCCCUAAACCCUUAAUGUGGCCAGGCUCUUCCAGCAAUAGCAUCCCAAAAGCCAUCAAGCCAGCCUGGAAAGGGAUCCCACUCUCCUACUUAACCCGGACCCCAUCACGCAGAACUGACUUGAUGGCAUUUCCUAUGUUUACGUAGCUCACGAGGGCAGCCCUUGGGCUGCUCCAGCUGUUGGCCUUGGAGGACGCCUUCUGCUGAGGCAGCGUCCCCAGCCCGAGCCAGGGAGCUCUGAGGACACCGAGUACCCGUGGAGGAGCUCGGACACUUCUCCGGG